AUUUAUCAUUAUUUAGAUAUGAAGUUAGAGGGGAAAGUUGCAUUCAUCACUGGAGGAUGCUCAGGCUUUGGAUAUGAAACUUUAAAAAUGCUUCUUGAUCAUGGAGCAAAGGUUGGUAUUGCUGACAUUCAAGAGGAAAAAGGAGAGCAAAUUGUCAAAGAUUUUGGAAAUGACAAUGUAGUUUUUAUUAAAACUGACGUCACCGAUAGUGAGCAAGUUAGGGUAGCUAUCGAAACAACUUAUGAGAAGUUUGGUGCUCUCCAUAUUACACUCAACUCUGCUGGUAUUAUGGGAGUCUCUCACACUGCAACAAAGAGUCACUUUCUUGACUUUCAGUUUCAUAGGAAAUGUAUGGACAUCAAUGUUAAUGGCACAAUUUAUUCAUCAGCUUAUUCAGCUAAGUAUAUGUCUAAGAAUGAUCCUGUAAAUGAGAGAGGAGAAAAAGGAGUUAUAAUCAAUGUCUCUAGCAUUGCAGCAACUCUAGCAGGAAGAGGAUUUGUCUCGUAUGGAUGAUCUAAAGGAGCAAUCAAUGGAAUGACACUUCCAAUGGCAAGAGAUCUUGGAAGAUUUGGCAUUAGAGUUCUAAAUAUUGCCCCUACUAUUUUUAAAACUGAAAUGGCUGCUGUUAUGCCAGAGGCUUAUAUAAAAAGAUAUGAGAAAACUGUCCCCCUAGGAAGAUCUGGUGAGCCUGAUGAUUUUGCGAAGUUAGUCAAAACCUGUAUUGAAAAUGGAUACUUGAACGGUGUCAGUUUGCAAAUAACAGGAGGAACAAUCCCUUCUUAUGAAUAAGUCUUAAUGCGGUUUCAAUUUAUA